GUCUUGAGUCAACUGCAGAACUGAAACUGUUGAUUUUAAAUAGAAAUUCGGCUGCUGUAUCAUAUUUUGUUUUUUAUUGAGUACUAACAUACUAACAUAAGAACGCGCUAUUGCAAUUUUAGGUGUUUUUUGUGAAACAGAAGUUGAAUAAGACUAAUGAUUUUACUUUAGUUAAUCAACUUUAUGUUAGUCGUUCUGAAACGUUUUACAUGACAUUUUAACAUAAUGCCUCCAAAGAAAUACACACUACCUCGUCCACUUCCAGAUGGAUGCAUUCUAACAGAUUCAGAAAAGAAGAACUGGCGCAUCGGGAAAAUGAUUGGAAAAGGAGGCUUCGGGCUGAUUUAUUUGGCCUCUCGGGAUGUGAAUGCCCCUGUUCGAGAUGAUGCCGAUUUGUGAUCAAAGUGGAAAUAUCAUGAAAAUGGACCUUUAUUCUCAGAACUCAAAUUUUACCAACGCGCAGCAAAGCCAGAAACUAUGAGCAAAUGGAUGAAAUCAAAACGGCUGGGUUUUUUGGGUAUCCCAACUUACUGGGGUUCUGGACUGACUGAAAGUAAUGGAACAAGGUACAGGUUUAUGGUAAUGGAUCGGCUGGGUACAGAUCUGCAAAUGUUAAUAGAGAAUGGUGGACAACUGAGGAAGUCCAGCGUGCUACAAUUGGGUGUACUCAUGCUGGAUGUGCUGGAAUAUAUUCACGACAAUGAAUAUGUCCAUGCUGAUAUUAAGGCUGCCAAUCUCUUAUUGGGAUACAGAGAUCCUAACAAGGUGUACUUGGCUGACUAUGGUCUCUCAUACAGAUACUGUCCUAAUGGCGAGCAUAAAGAGUACAAAGAGAACCCCAAGAAAGGACACAAUGGCACUAUUGAGUAUACAAGCAUUGACGCUCACAAAGGAGUAGCCGCGUCCCGGCGAGGAGACUUGGAGGUGCUGGGAUACUGCUUGCUUCAUUGGCAGUGUGGAACUCUGCCCUGGCUCCCUUCUCUUAGAAACCCAGCUGAGGUCCAGGAGGCCAAGGCCAAGUUGAUGUCUAACCUGCCAGAUUCUGUUCUGAAGAUGUCUACCUCCAGCUCAAGCAUGGAGAUUGCCCAGUUCCUGUCCAGAGUGAAAGACCUUGGCUAUAAUGAAAAGCCAGACUACCAGGCCCUCAGAAUGGUUCUGUCAGCGACCGGGCUGCAGGGCCCAUUGGACCUCUCCAGGCAGAGAGCUUCAGAGACGGUCAGGCCAACUACACAAAGGGCCGCAAGCCAACCCAAGACUACUGAGAAAAAAACAGGGAGAUCAAAGCCUGCGGUGACAGCGGAGGAAAUUGAUGAGGAACAGUUGGGUGUGUCAUCACCAAACAAAGUCUGGAGCAGGACCAAAACACAGACACACAAGCAGAGGCCAGUCAGAGCUGACACAGCUGCUAAAGGAAGCAUCGGGCAAAACCCUAUGCCCUACGAAAGUGAUGAGGACGUCAGUGAUGAAUAUGAGCCCCUGCCUCCACGAGUUCAUCCUAGAACAAGAGCAGGAGCCCGACAGAGACAGGAACAUGAACAAGAAAAAAAGAAUGCAGAUGUUUAUAAGAGCAAGACCUGGAUGACCAAGAGAAGACAAAACCACCAGUAUGACAACCAACAAAACAAUACUCGAUCAAUUGAUAACGACUAUGCAGUAGCCAGCAGUGAAGCUGACUACUGGAGGAACUACACUAGCAAACACAGCUGGAAGAAAAAACAAUGGGAAGAAACCGAUGAUGAUGAUGAAGAUGAAGACCACUGUGGAAGUGAUGUUUGUGAACUGAAAGUUGAACGAAAUAACAGAAGAGGAAGAGGAUUUGGAAAAUUGAUAAAUCAGAGUAAAUGGCCAAUCAAAAGACUAUCGAUUUUCCUUGUUGUUCUGAUAUUAGCGGUUGUUGGCUGUUGGUUUUAUCCUCGCUGGAGCCGUAAUGCCACACAACGCUACUCUGAAUGAACAGACUGUUGUUAAGCAUUUCCUGUGACCAUUUUCACAGUGAUAGGCUGAAAUAAAUACAAAGUAUUUUUAGGAUUUUUUUGUACGCUAGGAACAAACUGUAUGGUACAUUUUAACCAAUUUAAUUGAGCAUAAAAAUAAAAUGAAUUUCUUUAUAGA